CAUGGUACGUUUCUCUCUUCUCUCGUGGACGCCUGUAUGAGCCUAUCUGCUGUAAAACCCUUCUUCUUCUUCGUCGGUCUUUCGGUGAGUGAAUUUGACCUGAAGAAGAACACGCUAAAGAAAACCUAACAAGUCCAGGCAAGUUCAGAAGAAACGAAAAUGCUGAGCGCCAAUCUUCCUGAAGAAAUUGUAGAGGAUAUCGCAGCGAGGCUACCAGUGAAAUCCCUGCUUCGAUUCAAAUCAGUGGCGAAAUCCUGGUACGCACAAAUCACUGAUCCAUAUUUUGUAACGAGACAAUUUGAAUGCUCUGAUUUGAUCACCAAAAACCAUCGUCUCCGGCUGAUCUCCCGAUUGCACUAUCUCACUCUGAAGCCUUGCAUUUCCCUAGUUUCCAACCAGGAAUCCGACGAUAUAGAAUUGCCAUUCCCCGAGAAGAAUGUGGAAUACAUAUUUUUUUAUGGUCAAUGUAAUGGGAUUUUCUGUCUCUAUGGGGUCUAUGGAGAAGAUAGUGCUGGUCAGGCCAGCUUGAUUCUGUGGAACCCAGGGACAAAAGAGGUGAAGAUCCUUCCUGCAUCUCAGAACCAACCCAAAGACAUGGUUUAUGUCAUAUUUGGGUUUGGGAUUGAUCCCAUUACAAAGGACUACAAGGUUGUUCGAUUUGGGAAUUUGGCUUUUGAAGGAAGAGAACAACCUCCAGUUGAGGUGUAUAAUCUCAGUACUGAUUCUUGGAGAACCAUUGAUGCUAUUGUCCCUGCUUUUCGAUUGUGUUAUCCAAAAUGUAGGGCUUAUUUGAAUGGUGUUUAUCAUUGGCUAACUGAUGAUAACAAUGAUCAGGCCAUUUUGUGCUUUGAUUUCAGCAAAGAGGUGUUUGGGAAGAUCCAAUUGCCUCCUGCAAAAAUUGACGAGUCUCAUGAAUUAACUGUUGCUGUAAUUGAUGAGAGGCUUGCCUGUGUUGAUACAUUUUGCAUGACCAAUUACAAGUUUGAGAUUUGGGUGAUGAAUGAGUAUGGUGUUGACAGCAGCUGGGCUAAGAAGUUUGUAGUUGGACCAUGCCCUGAGUUUGGUUCAUUUCUAGGAUUUUGGGGAGAUGAUGAGAUUCUUGUUGAAGAUGAAGGUCAAUUGGUUUCAUAUAAUCUUGGGAAUAAGAAAAUACAGAGGUUUGAAAUUCAUGGAGUUCCAAAGCUAUUCAGAAUGUUUGAGUAUGUGGAAAGUUUGGUUUCUUUGAAGAACUAAGAAUAUCAUAAAGUGAAUCUUCUACAUUCAUUCAUUCAGAGAGAAAGGAGAACAUAUAGAAGGAAAAGUGCUACAUAAGAUUUACAUCUUAUUUUUAUGCUUUUCUCUUUUUUUCCUAUCCUUUUUUUAAUGCGUUCAUAUGCAUUUAUUUUGUGGAUGUAGAAUAUUCAUUAUGACAUCUUGAAAGAGAUGUAAUAUUUUAUCAUUUGAAUU